GAUUUUUCAGAGAGUCUUCAACUCAUUCACUGAUAUAUAUAUAAUACACAUAUCCCACUCUUUCCAUCAUCAACCAGCAAGCAGCAAUACAAUAAUUUGAAUAUUUUUCAUACAUCUGUUCAAAAGCUUAAAAAGCAUUCAAACUCUUAGACAAAAAAUAUACAGAAAUGGCUUUGGUUAGAAGUCUAUUGGGUGCAAAGAAGAUUCUUGGACGAUCCGUAACAGCAACAGCUUCUACAAGCAAAAGAGCAACCAUGGCGGCACCACCUAAAGGGUUUCUUGCGGUGUACGUUGGAGAGAGCCAGAAGAAGAGAUAUGUGGUGCCAGUCUCAUACUUGAGCCAGCCUUCGUUUCAAGCUCUUCUCAGUAAAGCCGAGGAAGAGUUUGGGUUCGAUCAUCCAAUGGGUGGCUUAACGAUCCCUUGCCCUGAAGAUACUUUCAUCACUGUGACUUCUCGGCUCCAAUGAUAUGAUUAUUAUUCACCAUUUUGUUCUUAGAAUUAGAGUUAGACUUUAUUCAUUGUAUAUAGAUGAAUGUUUAUUAUUUCUUCUCGAGAGAGUUUCUCGAAAAGUUAUAAAAUGAAUUCAGUUUUCAUGCAAUGCAA